AUGCUACGCUGCUCGGUAUUAAUUACAGUAUUGUUUGUAUUUAAUUCAUCAGAAUGUGCAAGAAUUUUAGCCAUAUUUCCUACACCGUCGAUAAGUCACCAAGUGGUGUUCCGACCCAUAGUGCAUGAAUUAGCCAGACGAGGUCACGAUGUUGUACUCAUAACGCCGGAUCCAGUGUUCCCCAAAGGCAAAUCUCCAACAAACCUCACGGAAAUUGACGUACAUGAUGUAUCAUAUAAAUAUGUGAGUCAGUUAUUGUCAUCGGCUAGAGGAAGAAAAGAGGACUUUAUGGUACAAAUAAAAGCGAUUUUCGAAGUUAUGCCUUUGAUAUUUGAAGCGCAACUAGAAGUACCUGAAGUUAAAAAAGCUAUUUUGGAUCAAAGAGAUACCUACGAUAUAGUGAUCGUUGAAGCAUGUGUUAGAGCGGGGCUAGGAUUGAGCCAUAUUAUAAAAGCACCCAUGAUUCAAAUCAGUUCAUUGGGUGUUGCAGCGCCACAAUACGCCGUUGCCGGUUCCCCAAUCCAUCCUUUCCUGUACCCAACACCACUCCAACAACGCAUUUACAAUUUAACACUAUUUGAAAAACUCAGUCAGACAUUUUCAUUCCUAUAUCUAGUCUACCUCAUAUAUAGCACACAGCAUCUGGAUUACCAGUUGACUGGAAAAUACUUUGGUGAUGACAUGCCCAGCUUCGAAGCGCUGUUCAGUAACGUUAAAAUGAUUUUUAUUAAUGAACACCCUCUCUGGGCUGAUAAUCGACCUGUUGCUCCAAAUAUUCUCUAUAUUGGUGGAAUACAUCAAACACCGGAUAAACCUUUGCCAAAUGAUCUCAAAACAUACUUAGAUUCAUCCAAAAAUGGCGUUAUUUACAUAAGUUUUGGAUCUAACGUAAAAGCAAAUGAUCUUGAUCCUGAGAAGAUAAAACUUAUGGCAGAUGUUUUGUCAGAUCUACCGUACGAUGUGUUGUGGAAAUGGGACAGCGAUAAAAUACCUGAAAACUUUAAAAAUAUCAAAACGUCCAAAUGGUUCCCACAGACUGAUGUCUUAAAACAUCCAAAUGUAAAAGUAUUCGUAACACAAGGCGGAUUACAGUCAACCGACGAAGCCAUUAAUGCUGCAGUCCCAUUAAUCGGGAUUCCAAUGCUUGCUGACCAGUGGUACAAUGUUGAAAAAUACGUGCGACACAAAAUAGGAUUAAGUCUAGAAUUUCCUAGUCUUACAGCCGAAGGGUUUAAAAAUGCUCUUCAAUCUGUUAUUGAGGAUACGAGCUACAAAAAGAAUAUGAUUAGAUUGCGUUCCUUGAUGCGAGAGUAUCCAGUUCCACCCUUGGAUAAUGCUGUGUGGUGGAUCGAGCAUGUUAUUCAACAUGGUGGAAAUUACCUGCAACCACCAACUGCUGGAAUGUAUAGCCUCAUCAAGUACUAUGAAGGUGGAUUAUUCCUAACAAUACUUUCAAUCCUGCUAAUAACAUUGUACCUUGUACUGUUGCUGUUAAGGUUCAUUUUUAAAUUGGGGAAAAAAAUUAUGAAGAGAGAUAUGAAAAUCAAAGUACAAUAA